GCGCAGCGCGGUGGGGCAGCGCGUUCCCGACCUGCCCCGCGCCGGCCGCCAACCGCCGGAUUUGAAUCGAGUCGGCGCUCGGCGCCUGCGGCGGCGGGAUGGGCGCUUCGUCGUUGCCCCCCGCCUGGCAGCUCUACCUCAAGGACCACCGCGUCUCUACGUUCAAGAACUGGCCGUUCCUGGAGGGCUGCGCCUGCACCCCGGAGCGGAUGGCCGAGGCCGGCUUCAUCCACUGUCCCACUGAGAACGAGCCCGACUUGGCCCAGUGCUUCUUCUGCUUCAAGGAGCUGGAAGGCUGGGAGCCGGAUGAUGACCCUAUAGAGGAGCACAAGAAGCAUUCGUCUGGUUGUGCUUUCCUUUCUGUCAAGAAGCAGUUCGAAGAAUUAACCCUCAGUGAAUUUUUGAAACUGGACAAAGAGAGAGCCAAGAACAAAAUUGCAAAGGAAACCAACAGUAAGCAGAAAGAAUUCGAAGAGACGGCAAAGAGAGUGCGCUGUGCCAUCGAGCAGCUGGCUGCCGCGGAGUGACCCCGCCGCCGCCGGGCGAGCUGCUCCCCACGUGGGGCGCGCGCCCUGCCGGGACCCUGCCCAGCGCCUUAGGAAACAGGAACAUCCACGAUUUGAAAUUAGAAUAUUUAAGCUAGACUUUUGCUUUUUUCUUGAAAGCAGUGCCGGGGCUGCUUCUCUUCGGGCCGCUGAGUCCAGGAACCGAUUCUCUCAUUUUUCUUUGGUAGUUUUUGUGCCGUUGGUUCCUGGGCUCCUGGGGGUGAGAGGGUGAGCAGCGUGUUCUGGCCGCGGAGCCCUCCCGCGGCGCAGCGUUGGCUUCAGGCUGGCAGCCGGCUGCGCAGCCUGAGCUUUGAUGCUUGAACGUAAUCUUGGGUCUGUUGCGGCUGCACAAAUAGAGAAUUAAGGAUGCCAUUUUAGAUUUUAUUUGUCUGAUAAUCUGAACUUACGGUGCGCAUUUCUUGUGUUCGCGCUACACUGUCUCACUUGGGUAUGUCCAGGGCCUGCAGCGGUCCUCUCCCCGUCGGCUCUGGUACGGAGGCCUCCCUGCCUUCCGGAGCAGAGCAGACAGAACGCCAUCCCUGCCGGGGCUCUGAGGUGCUGAGCGUGGGCUUCCUUGCCUGUCUUGUCGUUUUGGAAUUUUCACAGGGGAGGUAAGAAUCCAACCCCAGGCUGCCUUGGGCCCCCAGGUGUGCCAGAGCCCUUCCGGCACGGAGCCCCCGUGGCGGGGUGGGGUGGAGGAGACCCGAUGUCUUGACAGCAAAGCCAGCCUCUGGCUCGGAGGCCAGCCGACCGUGCGUCCCUCCAGCGCGUACCACGGGCCCGUGGCAGGGUUGUCACAUCUCUAACACAACGAAAAGGUCCUUAAUGCCAGCGCCCUUUCCAGAGGCCUGGCUCCUUGCUCUGAAUGAGCUGUGACGCGGGGGGGCAGGCAGGCCUGGGCGGGGAGACCCGCGGAAGGGGUUCCUGGUCUCAGGCUCCCAGCGCUCUGCAGGUGGCUACUUCCCCCUCCCCACGCGGGUUAGGUGGCCGGUGAGGCACCUGUGCUUCUCCUGUGAACCCCCGUCUAGGAGGACAGAGGGAUCGAUUAAUCUAAAAAGUGCACUGGAAAUGUGUUUUAGAGGAAAUUUUUUGUAGAUAACUUAGAUAUUUUUUCGUAGUCUACAAGAUCAUGGAUUUCCGUGACGUCACUUAGAGCAGUGGCACUAACCUCGGCGGCUUGGUGCCCCUGAGCUGCGGUUUGCUGGUCUGUAACGCGGGGUCCCGAAGCCUGCACCACUGCAGCUGGCCUUCUGUGCGGGUGCGGGAUGCGUGUGUGAGGGGGCCUGACACAGCGUCCCAGCUUCUUGGGCUCCGCAAAGCCGCUCUCUUGUUGUGCUGGAAUUACUACUUCGCAGAACAGUGCAGAGUACGAGAGCGAGCGCGAAGCCCUUCUCCGUCGUCGGGGCGAUCCGUGGGAGCCUCAGGUGGCUCUGGAGACGGGGCAGCCGGAAGCAGGCCGCAGGAGCCGUCACGCGCCAAACUGCUGCCGCAUUAGAUGCCCUCGUCUGCCGGCCCGGCUCAUGGCUCCCGCCCCGACAGCAAUGCAGAGGCCCGAAUCCUUUUGAAAUCACUUGACUCGGAGCCGUGGGGACUUGGUGGGCUGCUCGGGUGACUUGUCAGCCCCGGGUGGCCGUGUCUCCGCGGCUGCUACCCGCUCCCCCGCGCAUCUGCCUUCUCCCUGUGCUCGUCCCUCCCCGAGGCCGGCUCACACGCGGCUGAAGCCUGGUGUUACGGGACAGACUGUAUCCGUCCCUCCACGAAUUGGAGCUGCAGGGUGGGUUGUGAACGGUUCUACUGGAGGUCAUCUUGUUGUUUUCGGAAAAAUAAAAACCAUUUCGUUUGAAACACA